UUGUUAUAAAGAUUCGUUAGUCGUCUGGAGAAAGAUUUUAAGAUUUAAAAAAUGUUUCCACAACAGCAACUUCCACUCUGGUUACAGAUUUUCAUAGCGUGUAAUUGUCUCUUCAAAUGUGGAAACACCUUAAACCUGGACCCAAAGGGAACAGAUAAAGAAGUAGAUGGUGUCCUGGUCGGCUUUCAACAACCGAGCAAAAGAAGUGUUCAACCUUUCACCAUUGCCGAUUUGGAUGAUUCAGAAGAAAGUGCUGAAAAACGUUAUUUUGAUUCUCUUGGUGGCGCUUUUGUGCAUAGUUUUAAACGUAGUGCCCAAGGUGUAAAUAAAAACCAGCAUUCAAGUAACAUCAAAAGAGCUUUUGAUUCAUUAGGAGGCAUCGGAGUUCAUAGUUUCAAAAAGCGGGAUUCGAAAAGAUCCUUUGAUGAUCUUGGAGGAAUCAAUGUUCACAGUUUUAAAAGAUCUCUAGAUAAUCUCGGUGGAGUUAAUGUUCAUGGAUACAAGCGAGGAUUUGAUAAUCUAGGUGGUGUCAACGUCCACGGGUUCAAGCGCGGGUUUGAUGAUCUUGGUGGAGUCAAUGUGCACGGCUUCAAGCGCGGGUUUGAUGAUCUUGGUGGAGUUAAUGUGCACGGCUUCAAGCGCGGGUUCGAUGAUCUUGGUGGAGUCAAUGUGCACGGCUUCAAACGCGGAUUUGAUGAUCUUGGUGGAAUCAACGUACAUGGGUUCAAGCGCGGAUUUGAUGAUCUUGGUGGAAUCAACGUACAUGGGUUCAAGCGCGGAUUUGAUGAUCUCGGCGGAGUGAAUGUUCAUGGAUUUAAAAGAGCUUUUGACAAUCUAGGGGGUAUGAACGUCCACGGUUUUAAACGCGGUUUUGAUGAUUUGGGUGGCAUAAAUGUGCAUGGAUUCAAGAGGGGAUUCGAUGAUCUUGGGGGAAUAAACGUUCACGGAUUUAAAAGAGGGUUCGACAACCUAGGUGGUAUGAAUGUACAUGGCUUUAAGCGUGGUUUUGAUAAACUGGGAGGAUUAAACGUCCACAGUUUUAAGAGAGCUUUCGACAACCUCGGUGGCAUGAACGUCCAUGGAUUUAAAAGAAGCUUUGAUGAUCUUGGAGGAAUGAACGUCCAUGGUUUCAAGAGAUCCUUAGAUAAUUUAGGGGACACUAAUGUACAUGGGUUUAAGAGGGGCUUAGAUGAACUUGGUGGUAUUAAUGUUCAUAGCUUCAAAAGGGAUUCGAACUCUAAUAAUGAAGAGCGGUAAUGGAGUACAUGAUUGGUAAUAUAAUAAGAGAGAGGUGGAGAAUGAAAUGUCGCGGAGGAUGAUUGCUGUAAUAAAGAUGUACAUUUUUGUAAGUCGUUUAACUUGAUGAUAAAAAUGUUUUUAAACCUA